ACUACAAUACAUCAUGCCGUGAAAACCUUCCCAUGCAUCUGCUGUCGUGAAAGCAUGUUAGGACAGCUAAUUAAGUAAUUACAUGACGUGAUACUAAAUUUCAUGUCUAUAAUCAAAUUAGAAUUGCGCGCGACAGAACAUGUGAUAUUUUCACCUAAAAUAAAAGUUCACGCACGCGCAGAAGACAAAAGUUCUAUCGAGUUGCGUCACAGUGACUAAUUACUCUUGUGAAGGAUUUAAAUGUUGUUUACAGGAAGCUGUUUUCAGCGUGUUUUACCAUCAUCUGCACACUGAUGAACAGACACCUCACAAAGUCAACUGCCUGGAUUGCAAAGUGAACAAGUUACGUGCAUUGUUUUGCUGCAUCAAGUCGAUGUCAGCAUCGCCUGACGCGAAAGAAACAAGACCGAGUUCGGCAGCUCCGCCUGCAACAAGUGUUUCCAGUGCAAACAGACGUGACAGUAGCCCGCCUCCUGAUUCAGCUGUUGCCGUUUUACAAUCCUACGGAUAUACACUAGGCGAGUCUUUGGGCAAGGGUUCUUAUGCCGUCGUUAAAGCAGCAUACUCCCAAAAACACAAAAAAAGAGUUGCAAUUAAAAUUGUCUCAAAAAGACGAGCACCUGAAGAUUACCUGACCAAAUUCCUCCCUCGUGAAAUUCAAGUAAUGAAACGACUCCACCAUCCUAACUGUGUCUGUCUUUAUGAGGCAAUAGAAACAAGCUCUCGUAUAUAUCUCGUUAUGGACAUGGCUGAUAAUGGAGAUCUCCUGGAAUAUAUAAGAUCCAAAGGUGCUCUGUCUGAAGAUAAAGCAAGAGAUUUCUUCAGACAAUUGAUUGAUGCAACAGCUUACAUGCACGAUAGAGAUAUCGUUCAUCGGGAUUUGAAAUGUGAAAACCUGCUCCUUACUCAACUCAAUGCAAUCAUGAUCUCUGACUUCGGCUUUUCAAGAAUUCAAGCAAAAAUUCCAGAAACACAGAAAAGGAAGCUAAGUCGUACAUUCUGUGGAUCGUAUGCCUAUGCACCGCCUGAAAUCUUACGUGGUAUUGCUUAUGACGGGACAAUGGCGGAUAUUUGGAGUCUUGGCGUCGUGCUUUUCACAAUGGUGUGUGCAAGUCUGCCUUUUGAUGAUAGCAAUCUAAAAGUACUCCUGGAUCAGGUUUCCAGAAGAGUGCAAUUUCCCCGAAAACGUGGAGCAUUGCUGUCGCUUGAAGUAAAGAACCUGAUUGGACGGAUGCUGACAAGUGACGUGAAUGAUCGUAUUGAUAUCGAGGGAAUACGUAAUGACUCGUGGUAUCAGAAUACGAAAGCAAGUGAUGUAUCCAUUUCUGAAGUGGAACCGUGUACGACAUCAGCACAUGCUAGGAGUCAAGACAAUGGAGCUGAAAGCAUGCAAAGACAGGAGAAAGGUAAAGAAACAAAACAAGGGAGUAACGUUUCACCUUCGGAGCCAGUUGAAAAGAUGACGACUCGGUCCAGCACAAGAAAAAAAGCGAAAGAAUCCGAACAACCAACGAAAUAUCACGAACUGUUAUCCUCAAGUGAACGACAAGAUGUGCGCAUCACGAUUGAAAAUGAAUAAAAUUCUAUGUAGUACAUGCAGAGUAAACUGUUUAAAACUGCGAAAUAAUAGUACUGAUAAAAUAACUGGAUAUUUUACUUUGGCAUAUGUAAUAUUGCAAGAACAAGAAAUAUUUGAUUAUCUUUAUUUCUUCAGUCUAACAGUAAAUUUUUGAAUUUGAAAUAGUAAACUAUAUUAGGGGCUGCUACAUUUGUGCUGGUCUAGAACGCGUUAAGAAGACGUUGUUUGAAUAAGAGUGUCAUCUUGAACCAGGUUCCAAUCCCU